AUGAUGGUGGAUGGGGAGAGAGCUACAUUUCUUGUACAAACAAGGUAUGGAAACUGGGGAAUCUGCUUCAUUUAUGGAACAUGGUUUGCAAUCAGAGGGUUAGAGGCUGCUGGCAAGACUUACAAUAAUUGUGAGGCUAUACGCAGAGGUGUUGAAUUUUUACUCAAAACACAGAGAGAUGAUGGUGGAUGGGGAGAGAGCUACAUUUCUUGUACAAACAAGGCGGAGAGAGAUCCUACUCCUAUUCACCAAGCUGCAAAGACGUUGAUCAAUUCUCAAUUGGAAAAUGGCGAUUUCCCCCAGCAGGAAGUGAUCGGAGUUUUCAUGAGGAAUGCCAUGCAACACUACUCAGCAUUCAGGAAUACUAUCCCAAUUUGGGCUCUUGCAGAAUACUGCAAUAUGGUUCCAACGCCUCUCUAUGUGUAG